AUGGGAGCACCUACUUACGAUGUGCUGUGCGACAAGCUCUUGCCCAACUUACCAGAAGAUUCACAAUACAGCGAAAUAACAAAUAUUUUAAAAGACCAUUUCGAUCCGAAACCGAAUGAGAUCCUUGAAAAUUAUCGUUUCCAUUUGAGGAAACAAAAGGAAAGUGAAUCAUGUGCGGAUUUCUUAGUUUUUUUGAAACGUCUAUCCGCAAAUUGCAUCUUUGGAUCCUACUUAAAUACAGCCUUAAGAAAUCAAUUUGUGUUUGGGUUAAUAAACCAAAAAAUCAAGAGUCGUCUACUCGAAAAAAGCGACUUAACUUUGGAAAUAGCUGUGAACACCGCCAAUGCCUUCGAGAUAGCUGAAAGAGGGGGCAUUGAGUUACAUCAACAUAUGUCGAGGUCAAGCGUUAACGAAAUCCAAGAAACAGUCAAUGCAUUUGGCGAUAAGCGGAAAGAUACAAAAAAAAUCGAAAGGACAGCGGGCACGGGCAAUAAACAGCCAUUUACAAGAAAAUGUUACCGGUGUGGUAGCACCUCCCACUUGGCAAACCAUUGUACCUAUAAAGAAGCGGUUUGUGAAUUCUGCAAGACCAAAGGACAUCUUCGUAAAGUUUGCUUGAAGGAAAAGCGCCAAGUUAACCUGGUUGCAGAAGAAGAUGACAUUUCAAGCGAUAAUGUCCUGGUAGAUGAAUUAUUCCAAAUAUACGAGGGAGGGGUAAACAAUAUUAAAAACAAUAAAUUAAGUGCACCGGUGACGAUGGUGAGCUUAGGUGAUGCGGAAAGGCACUUUGGUGAUUUGGAUAUACAUGAUAAUGAUACGUUGCUAUACAGCUACUGCAAAACUCAAUUGGAUUGUGUGGGGUACAUUAUGGUUAAUGUAGCAACUGCAACAAAUAACCACAAAGUUAAAAUGUAUCUGGUGCGAGCCGAAAGGAAGCCCUUACUAGGACGCGAAUGGCUCCGUACGAUUAAACUCAACUGGGAUCGGAUCAUCGCCGAUCAACUACACAAACCAGGAAUGGAUGUAAAAGCUAUUCAAGCAGACAAAUUCAACGAUAUGAAGCUUAAAGACAUUGUGAGUAAGUACACAAAUUUAUUUUUGCCUUUUACUGGAAAAAUUGUGGGACACCAAGCUAGAUUACACAUAAAAGAAAAUGCCUUGCCUAAAUUCUUUAAGGCCCGAAGGGUACCAUUUCCGUUAACUGAAGCUGUAGAAAAAGAAAUUAAAAAACAGGUAGACGAAGGGUUGUUAGAAAAGGUUGACACAACACUUAGAGUAGAUGAACAUCCGUUGCCUACCGUUGAGGAAAUGUUCAGCACCAUGGCGGGCGGACAAAAAUUUUCCAAGAUUGAUCUAUCUAAAGCUUAUUUGCAACUUGAAAUCCAUCCCGACGAUAGGCACUAUUUAACGAUAAAUACGCCAUUGGGAUUGUUUCAACCAACGAGAAUGAUGUAUGGGGUAACAUGCGCACCGGCAAAAUGGCAGCGUUUCAUAGAGAUGGUUUUGCAUGGCAUUAAAGGGGUUUCCGUUUUCUUAGACGACAUAAGAAUAACCGCAGAUACCGAUGAAUUACAUUUAGAACGGAUAAACGAGGUCUUAGAGCGUCUAAACAAUUUCAACAUGAGAGUAAAUUGGGAGAAAUCAGAAUUUAUGAAAGACCAAAUUGAAUACUGUGGUUAUAUAAUUGAUAAAAAUGGCAUUAGAAAAGGAGAUGCAAAGGUAGAAGCGGUACAAAACAUGAGACGACCAACAAAUAAGGAUGAAGACUUAAAUUGUGAACAAUCAUUUGUGGAAGCGAAAAGACAAAUACUAUCGGAUACAGUUCUAACACAUUAUGACUUUGCGCUGCCAGUGGUAUUGGCGGUUGAUGCAAGCCCUUAUGGAGUGGGGGCGGUAUUAAGUCAUAUAUAUCCAGACGGGUUAGAAAAACCCAUUCAAUUCGCGUCACAAACAUUAUCUUCUGUACAGCAACGAUAUAGCCAAAUCGACAAAGAGGCUUAUGCCAUUAUUUAUGGUAUCCGCAAAUUUUAUCAAUAUUUGUUUGGAAGGAAGUUUAUAUUGGUUACCGACAACAAGCCUAUAUCGCAAAUAUUUUCUCCACAUAAAGGUUUACCAACCCUUUCGGCUACUAGAAUGCAACAUUACGCAAUAUUCUUAGAAUCAUUCGAUUUUGAAAUCCGUUUGAAAAGAUCCAAAGAUAAUGCCAACGCAGAUGCUGUGUCCAGGCUACCUAUUCAAGACACAAACCAUAACGUGAAAGAAGUUAAUAUAAUUGAGAAUGAGUGUUUGGAGAACUUACCAAUUCAUGUAUCCGAAUUGAGAGAUGAAACGAGGAAGGACGAUGAAGUAUACAUUCUGUACGAAAGUUUAAAACAAGGUCGUGAAUGCGACGGUACACAUCGCUGGGGUAUUCGGCAAACAGAAUUCGCUUUACAACAAGGAGUGGCCGUAAGAGAUUAUCUAUCAAACGACAAAUGGAAAUUCGGAAGAAUUACAGCAAAACAAGGUGAACUACACUACGAGAUUAAGUUAGACGAUAAUAGAGUUUGGAAAAGACAUGCUGAUCAAAUCCGAAAAAUUGGGGACCAAAUUCAAAUUCCUGCUAUUGAUCCUAAUCGUAACAACACCCUGGAACCAAAAGAAAUACCUCCAACAACAAAAGAAAAUACACCACAGCUGCCAGACCCCUCUUCACCGAAGCAGACUGAGUCAACACCAAACGAACCUUCACCAAGCCUGCCAGAACCGUCACCUCCUUGCGAAUCGAUCGUCCCCGAAACACCAGGUAAUAUUAAUAACACUCCUAAUGAGAUUCAAACACGUCGUUCAAAAAGGGCUAUUCGUCCACCGGAACGUUUUAAAGAUUUUGCAAUGUAA